AAAUAACCCACUCUCCCCUCGAUCUUUGCGUUUAAUAUCUCUCGCUAUCUUCCGAUCUUCGCCCCCAUCGCCGUUUCGUUUUCCGUUUUCUGUAACAGCCAUGCCAAAAAGGAUGAAGCAUAUGGAGAAAUUUAAUGGUGCUUCUGGAGAAGAUCCAGAGUAUGGUGCAAUUUUCAUGUCCAAUAACUCAACCAGGAAGGAAUGCCUUAGCCGAGGGCUUUUCGGUUUGCCAAUUGGGCUAGCCGGAUUUGUUAAACAGGUUAAAGCGGGAAUGAUGCUGUUUUUGUUUGAAUUCGAGAAGAGAGAGCUACAUGGUGUGUUUCAGGCUUGCUCUGAUGGUGCAAUAAACAUCGAGCCGAAUGCAUUCCAAUCUUCUGGGAAACAGUUUCCUGCUCAGGUCAAGUUUACUGAGAAGUGGCGUUGUAGGCCACUUUGUGAAAGUGAGUUUGCUAAUGCUAUCCAUGAAAAUUACUUCACAUCAAAAAAGUUCAAAUUUGGACUCUCCAAGGUUCAGGUUCAAAGGCUAUUGAAGUUGUUUAGCUUGAAGAAGGUAGAGAGAUCACGGCUGAGAGAAACUGCAGCUCCGAAACCAUCAAGAAAAUCUGAAAAUACAGUUGGUGAUCGUGGCUUUGGGAAUCGCUGUGUAGGAGAAAUGGAUGGAGAUGUUGACCGUGAGUUUCCCUUCAGGGUUACAUCUGCAGGAGAUCAUCGUGGUCGUAGGUUAACAGAGAAUUAUGGUUGUGGGGAGGAAUCUAAAUGGAAUAGUGGCCUAGAGUAUGAUCCAACUAAAGGGAAUGAGUACUCCAGACUAGUUGAUCCCAAACUGCAUGGGUUGAAUGAUAGAUUAGGAUGUGAGGUUAGCAUGAAUAAUAAUAGCUUUGGCACAAAUGCUUUAACUAAGAAUUCGUAUAAUUCUCUAGUUAACGAUCGAAGAGUCCCGAAGAACUUAAGACACACUGCAAAUGGCUGGUUAGAAAAUGAGUACCAUGAAAAAGAUGGUAUCGCACAGGCAAGUUCGUGGUCUAACAACAAGGAACGCCUUAAUUUUGAGGCAGAUCCAAUGGUUCCUGCUCAAAGCUCAGUAUCUCCAGACUUACCAUAUGGCACAAACACAGGAUACUAUGACCCUUAUCAGCCAAGCAUCAUGGGAGAUACAACAAUGACAAGCUCUAGGCAUGGUCUUGGUGCACCUAAUGUUGAUUUAAUAGGCUCAGCUUCCUAUACAGCCAACUCAAAUUGUGGUUUGGGAGAAGAUAUUAUACCUGUUGGUGAUUAUGUCAGUGACGCCUUGCCCUCUGAGACAGUCCAACCAUUCCCUGAUGAGCAUAAUGCUACACGCAUGAGCACUAGUAGUCUGGACUCGGGUUUCUAUAUUCCAAUGCCUAUUGAACAUCAUAAAUACCUAAUAAACACCGGCAUGUUUGGAGUUGCUCGUGGUGAAUCUGAAUCUGAAUCUGAUUCCAGAAAUGGUCAUUUGCGUCAUUCUCAGUUUCCUGGUCUCUCAACGUCUGCAGGGGACACUGAGAACAUGAGGCAGUUUGAAAGGCCGCUGUACUCAGACCGCAACAUCUUCCCUUCAUUUGUUUAUCCUUCAUCAUCAAGGGGUUUGUCUCCUAAGGACAGACUCAACAAUGAACUUCAAACAUAUCAACACCAAGAAGAAUCUAGAGGUCAUGUUUCUUAUAAAAACGAUAUGGUGGUUCGGGGUUCCAGCAUUUACCCUUCUUUUACUAAUCCUUCAACAUCAGGGGAUGGAGGGGAUAGAGCUGAUUUGUAUCUAAAGAACAGAGCCAAUAACGAAGUUCAAGCUUAUCAACGGCAGAAAGAAUUUGGCGGUGAUGCUUUUGACUCUAACAAUAGGGUGACUGAAAUGAAAGAUCGUGUUAAACCUGCUGAACCUGAAGGAAACAAGACCAGAGAGAGUGUCUUCAAUAGGCUGGGUGGGCGUUCAAAAGAACGUGUUUCUGAAAAGGAUAUGUCUCCGGACACUGAAUCAGUCGACGAGGUAAUGGCCUUUUUAAACAACCGUCACAAAGAUUGGAUGGAGCAAAAAAGAGCUAAUACGAGUAAUUCUGAGGAUUUUGGAAAACCGAAGAAGAAAAAGGAAAAGAUACAUACAGCAGAGGUACUUGACAAUGAUUUGAUGCUUCCUUUGACUGAGACUACUCCAGAUGAUCUGUUGGAUUGUGAAGGAAGUAUGGAACAUACUGUUCAAAAGCUACCAUUCAUUGAUUUUAAGCGCCGUAGCAAAGCUCAAAGAAGCCUUGGUAAUCCAACUCAAGAACAUUCAGCUUCUCCGAGCAAGAAAAGGAAGCUGCUGAGACCAAAACUCGUUGAAGAUGACUCGGAAAAGGAUAGAGGCCACAAAGCCGGUCCUGUUAAAAUUGUCUUGGCCUCGGCAAAAGAUAGAGGAAACAAUGAUCCGAUUGUAAAAUUCUUGGCCUCAAAGUCAGCUACUGAAGUUCCAGUCCAUGACUUCCUUGGACGAAAUGAAGGUGACUCGCAAAAGGAUAGAGGUAAGAAUGAUAAUCCUAUUGAAAAUGUAUUGGCCUCACAGUCAGCUACUGAAGUCCCCGUCCAUGACUUCCUUGGACGUAAUGAAGGUGACUCGCAAAAGGAAAGAGGUAAGAAUGAUAAUCCUAUUGAAAAUUUAUUGGUCUCGCAGUCAGCUACUGAAGUCCACGUCCAUGACUUCUUUGGACGUGAUGAAGAUGACUUGGAAAAGGAUAGAGGAAAAAAUGACGAUCCUGUUGAAAAUUUCUUGGCCUCAGAGUUUGCUUCUGAAGUCCCCUUCCAUGACUUCCUUGGAUGUGAUGAUCGAUAAACACUCAAAUGGAGUUGGAAACUCUUUUGGAAAGAACAAUGCCUCUUCAAUAGAAGGUGAGAGUGUUCUCUAGUUGUUGUGUCUUUUUGGUCGAGUAAGUGUCUUCUUUAUCAUGUUGACUGUUUUACUAUCAUAGAACGAUGCCUACAUGUUUUGGCAUAACAGCCGUUUUGAGGUAAUUGUGGAGUUUUAUGCUGAUGUCAAAGCAUGCGUUUGGUUCAGAAACUUUUUCAAGUGAAUCGUGACAGCUAAUAAUACCUAGAUUUUGUA